UUCCCCCUCACCAUUCCCCUCCUCCUGCCCCUCACCAUCCUCACCCUCCCCCACUCCCUCUACCUCCCCCUCUCCUAUAACAAAGGGCCUACCGUAGACUUCCCCAAGAGUUCCACAGGAAAGAGCCUAACUCACCAGAACAUUCCAGCAAGCUGUGAAAUCUUCCUCCCCCUACACCCAGUAUAAAGAAGUCUCCAACUGCCCUUGGUACAGAUGUCAUCUUUGCCCAGAUAAUAAAGAGUCAUUUUAUCUUUAAGUUUACACCAUGGAUAGUACAAAAGAGAAGUAUGACAAUUGCAAAGAUGAUCUUCUGCUUAGGAUGGGACUUAAUGAUAAUAAAGCAGGAAUGGAAGGAUUAGACAAAGAGAAAAUUAACAAAAUCAUAAUGGAAGCCACAAAGGGAUCUAGAUUUUAUGUAAAUGAGCUCAAAAAGGAAAAGCAAGUCAACCAACGAAUUGAAAAUAUGAUUCAACAAAAAGCCAAAAUUACCAGCCAGCAGCUAUGGAAAGCUCAAGUACAGGUUGACAGAUUUGCAAUGGAAUUAGAACAGAGUCGGGAUUUGAACAAUACCAUAGUACAUAUUGACAUGGAUGCUUUCUAUGCAGCUGUAGAAAUGAGGGACAAUCCAGAAUUGAAGGACAAACCCAUUGCUGUAGGAUCAGUGAGUAUGUUGUCUACUUCAAAUUACCAUGCAAGGAGGUUUGGAGUUCGUGCAGCCAUGCCAGGAUUUAUUGCGAAGAGACUCUGCCCACAACUUAUUAUAGUACCCCCAAACUUUGACAAAUACCGAGCUGUGAGUAAAGAGGUUAAGGAAAUACUUGCUGAUUAUGAUCCCAAUUUUAUGGCCACAAGUCUUGAUGAAGCUUACUUGAAUAUAACAAAGCACUUACAGGAAAGACAAAACUGGCCUGAUGACAAAAGAAGGUAUUUCAUCAGAAACUCUGUAGAAAAUGAUAAACCAGGAAAUAAAGUUAAUAAACUGAACGAGCAUGAACGAUCCAUCUCUCCACUACUUUUUGAAGACAGUCUUCCUGAUUUGCAGCCCUCAGGAAAUCCUUUCCAAAUGAACUUUGAAGAACAAAAUAAUCCUCAAAUACUCCAAAACUUGGUUGUUUUUGGAACAUCGGCUGAGGAAGUGGUAAAGGAAAUUCGUUUCAGAAUCGAGCAAAAAACAAAACUGACAGCCAGUGCAGGCAUUGCUCCAAAUACAAUGUUAGCAAAAAUAUGCAGUGAUAAGCAUAAGCCAAAUGGACAAUACCAAAUUCUUCCCAACAGAGAAGCUGUGAUGGACUUUAUCAAGGACUUACCCAUUAGAAAGGUUUCUGGAGUAGGAAAAGUUACAGAGAAAAUGUUAAAGGCUCUUGGAAUUAUUACUUGCACAGAGCUCUACCAACAGAGGGCAUUGCUUUCUCUCCUUUUUCCUGAAACAUCUUGGCAUUAUUUCCUUCAUAUCUCCCUGGGAUUAGGUUCAACGUACCUGGAAAGGGAUGGAGAGAGAAAAAGUAUGAGCGUUGAGAGGACAUUCAGUGAGAUAAAUAAAGCAGAAGAACAGUAUAGCUUGUGCCAGGAACUUUGCAGUGAACUUGCUCAAGAUCUGCAGAAGGAAGGACUUAAGGGUAGAACUGUUACCAUUAAGCUGAAGAAUGUGAAUUUUGAAGUAAAGACUCGUGCAUCUACAGUUUCAUCUGUUGUUUCUACUACAGAAGAAAUAUUUGCUAUUGCUAAGGAGUUGCUAAGAACAGAAAUUGAUGCUGAUUUUCCACGUCCCUUGAGAUUAAGACUUAUGGGUGUUCGGAUAUCUAGUUUUCCCAAUGAAGAAGACAAGAAACAACAACAGAAGAGCAUUAUUGGCUUCUUACAGGCUGGAAACCAAUCCCUGUCAGCCACUAACUGUAUACUAAAAAAAACUGACAAAGAUCAGUUUGUAAAACCUCUAGAAAUAUCUCGAAAGGAGAGUUUCUUUGAUAAAAAACGAUCAGAAAGGAAAUUGAGCCACCAAGACACAUUUAAAGAAACCAUGAAUAAACAAAGCCUACAGAAAUCACAACCAUUCCAGGUUUUAAAAAAGAUGAGUGAGAAUUUAGAAACAUCGGAGAAUUCAGAUAACUGUCAAAUAUUUACCUGUCCUGUUUGCUUUAGGGAGCAAAGACUCAUUAGCCUGGAAGACUUUAAUAAACAUGUAGAUGCAUGUCUUGAUGGACCUUCUUCAGUCAGUGAAAAUGCCAAAAUGUCCUCAUGUUCACAUGCUUCCUCUACUGAAGUUAACAAGGAAGAAAAUGUACAUUAUUCUUUUUCACUUUGUGAGAAGCAAAAUUACGAAGCCCAUCAGAAAAACAGAGAAAUCACUUUAGCAGACUGUGUAGAUUUGGAGGGUGCAUUAGAUAGUUCAUCUAAAGUAGAAUGUGCAGAUACUUUAAGUAAUAAUCUCAGCAAAGAGAACUGUCCUAGUCUUCCAAGGAAGUCUUUUAAUAUUGAAAAUGAUCUUCAGAAUUCUUGUACUGUUUCACUGGAAAAUGAAGACAUUGGAUUAUUAAGGAGGCAAGAAUCCCACCAACCUUAUUCAUAUGAAGUAAUAACAGGCCAAACUCUGAUUUGUCCUGUUUGUAAUCUAGAACAAAAGACUUCAGAUCUUACCCUGUUCAAUGAACAUGUGGAUAUUUGCUUAAAUAAAGGUAUUAUCCAAGAACUAAGAAAGGAUAAAGUUAAUGCAGUUAAUCAAUGCAAAGAAAGUUCCAGAAGUACUGGUAUCUCCAGCAGAGUACAGAAGACUGUAACAAUAACAAAAAGGCCAGGACUGAUGUCGAAGCACUCAGCAUCAAAGAAAAUAAAACCAAACAAUUCAAAACAUACUCUUGAUACAUUUUUUAAAUGAACAUUGGACAUUUCAUCAUUUAUUUUUAAUUGAAACUUUUUUUAAUAAUCAAUGAAUUUAUUUUUCCUCUUUAAGUUUACAGGUUUAUAUAGUGAGGCAAGUACAAUAAUCUUUUUAAAAAUUACAUUGCUUUUCUAAGAAUUUGGAAUAUAUACUAAUUUACUUCUGUGUAUCUUUUUCUUAACUAUGAGAAUUCUGCUUCCAUGGUACAUCAAUUGGAAAUCAAUCUUGUUAGAGAUGAUUUUAAAAAGAAGAAUUAGGAAUAGAAUCAGAAAGUGAUUUCUUUUUUUUUGUAGUAAAUAUAAAAACAUUUUUAUAAGGGCUCUCAGAGACUCGCAAACCUAUUUUAGCAUAAGAAUUUUUUAGCACUUUAACCAUUUUGCUGGUAUUGGACUGCUAUAUUUGAUCCUAGUAUCUUUAGAUACCUCAUAAGCAUUCAUAAUGAUCAUAAGUUCUAUGAAAAAAAUUAGCUUAACUAGUAAGAGAGGUUUUGUUACCUGUGUAAAAAGGCUGUUUGCUUAAAAUAAUGAUUAUUCUUUUGAUUUUUCUUAUUUAAGAUUCCUUUAUGGCUUCAGCAACACUGCAAAGUCAAGUGACUGCACUAUCAGUUUCCUUACUCAUGAAAAAAAAGAUUCCUUUAUAUAAUGAAUAAGCACUUGAUUCACUUUAAAAAAAUAUUUAUUCUAAGAUUCCAAGUAAUUUUUUUAUAUAUAUAGAGGACUUUUAAAUGACAGUAUUUCAUUUUUUGGCAACUAUGUUGAUACUUUCCACAAAUCUUUAAAGGAUAAAUUGCACAGUCAACUUUUAUGUUACUCUUCAAGAGGAAACUGUGCAAUUACAAAGCUUAACGUGUAUAUUAAAACAUCUCCGUUACAUUUCUAUCAACAUUUUUUGCUAAUAUUUGUGAAUGAAGGCAAUUUAAUAGUAGUUAGCUUAAGUAGUUGUUCUAGACACUUUUGUGCUAUGAAUGAGUUUUUAUCAAAAAACAAUUAAUUGGAACAUUAAGAUGGAAGCUUUUUUCAGUUACUACUUUAAGGAACUGAAUCUUUUGUUAUUUUAUUUUAUUUAUUUUUUGAAACAGAGCAUCACUUAGUUGCCCUAGGGUAAAGUGUUGUGGCAUCAUAGCUCACAGCAAACUCAAACUCUUGGACUCAAGCUAUCCUCUUGCCUCAGCCUUCCAAGUAGCUGGGACUACAGGCACCCACCACAACGCCCAGCUGUUUUUAGAGAUCUGGCUUGGGCUGGUCUCGAACUCCUGAGUUCAGGCAAUCUACCUGUCUUGGCCUCCCAGAGUUCUAGGAUUAUAGGCGUGACCACCACACCUGGCCUUCUCAUAUAUUUUUGUUUUCUUUUUUUCCAUUUUUCAUAUCAUAGCUCAUUAUCUUGAUAUGUAUUUUAUAUAUUAUAAUAUUUUAGUGAUAGCUUAAUUAAGGUCUUUUAGACUUUGGUAAGGCAAUAACUUCAUUUUUAAUUACUAUUUGAAAUUAGGCUUAAUGCUUAUUAGCAUGCCUGUCUGAUGCCUGAUGUUAUUAUAUACUGUGAUGAAUACAAAAUUGUAGUAUUAUGGUUCUUGAUUAUGUGAUUUACUCAUGUAAAAUCUGUAUAAAAUUAAGUUCAAUGAAAAACCAGCUUAAUGUACUAAAAGUUAGAUGAAAUCAUAUUUAUUUUCUGUCUUGCCUCAAGUUUAUUUUUAUUUAUUUAUUUUUUUGCAGUUUUUGCAAAAAAAAUUGGGUUUGAACCCGCCACCUCCAGCAUAUGGGGCCGGUGCCCUACUCCUUUGAGCCACAAGCACCACCCUCAAGUUUAUUUUUAUUGUUUCAGCAUUAAUACAUACUGAAUUAUCUUCAUUUAGAGGAUUCAUUUAUGCAUAUUAUCAUUUAGUAACAUUUCAUAAUUUAAAAUAAAAUUUAAAUUUUUUAAUUUAUCGAUUAGGCAAUAGAGAUGAUUUCCUUACUUUUUUAUUCUCCCCUCUGCUGAUGCUUUCACUCUUGUUUUCUCUGCCCAAAAUUCUCUUUACUAUCUGUUUUGUCUAAUCUAUCCAGCCCAUUUUCUUUUUAUUUUGAUUUGGUGCAUUUUUUUAAAAUACAGCAAAACGAUGAAGAAAAGUAAUAAGCACAAUAUCUUACCUACUUAGAGGGUCAAAAUAUUAAAAAAAAAAAAACACCUAGGAGAACAUAUUUUUAACACAUAACUGGUAAAAAGAAAAAGAAAAACUAGUGUCUGGAAUAUAUAUGAAUCAGUAAGAAAAAUGAGAGAAUAUUCUCUAAGAGUAAACAAUCCCAUCUACCGCUGAGCAAGAGACACGAAAAGAACCUUCUCUGAUGAAAACAGGUGAAUGGCUAACCAACAUUUGAAAUAAUGCUCAUCACCCCUGAUUAUCAGAGAAAUGCAAAUCAAAACCACCCUGAAAUUUCACCUAACCCCAGUGAGAAUGGCCCACAUUACAAAGUCUCAAAACGACAGAUGCUGGCGUGGAUGUGAGGAGAAGGGAACACUAUUUACACUGCUGGUGGGACUACAAGGUAAUACAAUCUUUUUGGAAGGAAGUAUGGAGAAUCCUCAACUCAAAUUAGACCUCCCAUUUGAUCCUGCAAUCCCAUUACUAGGCAUCUACCCAGAAGAAAAAAAAAAUUAUUGUAAGGACUUUUGCACUAGACUGUUUAUCGCAGCUCAAUUUAUAAUCACCAAAAUGUGGAAAUGGCCUAAAUGCCCACCAACCCAGGAAUUAAUUUAACAAGCUGUGAUGUAUGUACCAUGGAAUGCUAUUCAGCCAUUAAAAAAGAUGGAGACUUUACAUCUUUUGUAUUAACCUGGGUGGAAGUGGAACACAUUCUUCUUAGUAAAUUAUCACAAGAAUGGAGAAGCAAGAAUCCAAUGUACUCAAUUCUAAUAUGAAGGCAGUAGAUGAGCUAAUACAAGGGGUGGGGUAGGGGAAUUGAGGGAUCAAGGAGAGGGGAGGAGGGAAAGUCAUGGGAACAGCACAGUGUAUGGCACAUUGCUUGGGGGUGGGACACAAUUACAAGAGGGACUUUACCUAAUAAAUGCAAUCAGUGUAAUUCUUUGUACCCUCAAUGAAUCCCCAAAAAAAAGAAAAA